AUGAGCUGGCCUAUUGAUUCAUGUCUUAUCAACUUAACAAGCUUUUAUCCUGUGCUGGUUGAUAUUGUAAAAUCGGUACAAAAAAAAGGCUUGAAGGGUAAACUGGGAGGCUGGAAAGAAUUCUUGAACAUUCAUGAUAAGAAAUUUGGGGCAACUAUGAGUGAUCCAUCCAGGAGGUCCCAUGAGGAUUUGGCUGAAUUUCUCAAGACAUUCUCAAAGGAUGAUGAUUUAAAGUAUUUUGAUAACAUCAUGCGCCGUCAUUCGAAUCAAUACACCGUAGAGCGACUUAAAGAUAGAUCUCAUCAUUCCCCCGAGCAGAGUUUAGUCCAAGCAACUAUUCAGCACCCGGAUUACCCAAAGGAAUACUCAUUCCCACGUAUUGACGAGGGAUGGUUAGUGAUAACCCUUAAAAAAAAGGCCAAGGGGAUAAAAUCUACUGCAAUGCUUGCUGUUGAUUGUGAAAUGGUUCUUUGUGAAGAUGGGACUGAAGCUUUAGUCAAAGUUUGUGUCGUAGAUCACAAUUUAGAGGUCAAACUACUCGAACUUGUUAAACCGGAGAAAGCAAUCGCAGAGUACAGAACAGAGAUUACUGGUGUCUCUUCUAAAGAUCUAGAGACAGUGACUUGCUCCUUAGCUGAUAUACAAAAAUCGUUGAAGAAGCUUUUAUCCAGUGGAGCCAUAUUAGUGGGACACAGUUUACAUAAUGAUCUAGGUGUGCUGAAGCUAGAUUAUCCUAGAGUGGUCGACACUGCAUACAUCUUCCAACCCAUGGAUGGAUCUACUUACAGGAAACAUUCUUUAAAUAGUUUGUGUCAGGCUGUGUUAGGCCACGAAGUUCGGAAAGAGGGUGCUUCACAUAAUUGUCAAGACGAUGCAUGUGCGACAAUGAAACUUGUUCUUGCAAAGAUCAAGCAUGGUGUUGAUAAGCCAUUUCCGUUAACAUUGGUUCAGGAGCCUGUUUCAGAAAGUGAGAUGUCGAAGCUGCUUAUUCACAGAAUACCAACCACUGUGAACAGUGAAACACUACACGAAAUUGUUCCUGGAGACUUCACAAUAGAACAAAAGCCUGCCAGGAAUGGUCAAGUAGACAAGUAUUCUGCCUUAGCUAUCUUUAAGAACCAACGAGAGGCACAUGAGGCAUAUGAAAAUGUCCAAGGCAGCCAAGGAACGGAUUCAAGUCGGCGUCUACAGAAACUUGUAAAAUGUCGGUUGAGUACGGGCGAAAGUGUAAGUAUAUAUGUUCGGAAAAUGGGAGUUGAUAAUCAUCGCAUAAAGAGAGAAUUACAAGAGGACGAGACACUUGACUCAUCCAAGAACAAAAAAUUAAAAAUGGAUCAAGUUGAAAAGGAUUAUGCCCUGGAAGCUUUACAAGUGAAACAUGAACUUGAAAAGAAGGCCCAUUUGAAAAAGAUAGAAGCACUGAAUCAACUUUUGAAAGAAAGUGAAUCAGAGCACUUGAAGGAGAUUGACGCAUUGAAUAAACGAUUGAAAGAAAGUGAAUUGGAGAUUGAAUCAAUGAAGGAACAAUUGCUGACUCAACGAUCAAAGGAAAGUGAGUUGGAGAUUGAAACAAUGAAGGAGCAGUUGAGAAAAAAGGACUUUGAAAUCAACACUCUGCAUAAAAUGGUGGAUAACAUUCAAAAAAGGCGAAAACUAUCUACAAAAAAAGUAGGCACGGGGAUUUGA